AUAAAAACCAGUGCAAACACUCGGACGUCUACUCUGAUCAAUCAUGAUGAAAGUGGCUCUUGUCCUGCUGUUUGCUGCCUACGCUUACGGGUGUGGCACUCCCACCUAUGAGCCGUCUGUUGGCCGCGUUGUGAACGGCGAGGAUGCUCGGCCCUACAGCUGGCCCUGGCAGAUCUCUUUGCAGUAUCGGAGCGGCUCUAGGUACUAUCACACCUGUGGAGGAACUCUGCUCGCUCCCAACUGGGUGAUGACCGCCGGACACUGCAUCAGCUCUCGUACUUACCGUGUGGUGCUGGGUGAGUUCGACCUCACCAAAGGGGAGGGCUACGAGCAGAUCAAGAGCGUGCAGAAGAUCAUCGUUCAUCCUCAAUGGGACGAUAACUGCCUGUCCUGUGGAAAUGACAUCGCAAUGAUCAAACUGUCCUCCCCUGUGGUCCUGAACGACAAGGUGCAGCCCUCCUGUGUGCCAAAGAGCGGAGAGAUCGCUCCUCAUGAUGACCCCUGCUACAUCACCGGCUGGGGAAGACUCUACAAUGGGGGUCCCAUCGCCUCCAAGCUCCAGCAGGCUCUCCUCCCUGUGGUCGGCCACAGUGUCUGCAGCAGCAGCGGCUGGUGGGGGAGCUACGUGAAAACCACCAUGAUCUGUGCUGGAGGAGACAUCCGCUCUGGCUGCCACGGGGAUUCAGGAGGCCCUCUGAACUGCAAGGGGGCUGACGGCAGGUGGUACGUACAUGGAGUGACCAGCUUCGUCUCCUCCUUGGGAUGUAACACCCUGCAGAAGCCCACAGUGUUCACUCGCACCUCAUCCUUCACCCAGUGGAUCAGUGACACUAUGCUGCAGUACUGAAGACAUCCUUAAUGCCAAUAAAUUCAUGUAAUCAGCUACA